GCCUUGGGAGAGGGGCUGAAGGAAAACCGCAGUUUGAAGUGGCUUUCGCUCUCCGGAAACAGCAUCGGUGAUGUCGGUGCACAGGCCUUGGCCGCCGCGAUCAUCGAGAACCGAAGUCUGCAGUGCCUUCGUGUCGACAAAUCCCUUCACAACACACCUGGUGGCAAGGCUCUGAUAGAGGCGGAGAAGGUGAAGAGAGAGCGGGGCGAGAGGUUUGGGAUUGAGUG